AGCCGCUGCACUGGGAUACCAGACAAACAGCUCCCCUCGACCCCUGGCUGGAAGGGCCCCUCUUCUGGACAUCAUUAAAAGCGCAAGCACUUGCUUCGUAUCGAUUGGCAAAUGGCGGCAAGAUUCAGGGCUCCUACCCUGAAGCCAAGGAGAAGCCAUCGCAGUGGAAAGAUUUGGGCUUUGAAGAUCCGAACCGAAAUUAAAGACCUACACGGAAUCAGGAACCAAGAGAACCUUGGUUGGAUACAGGGGUGAGACCAGACACAAAAAAGCACAGCAAGUAAAAACUGGGGGUUGCUGCCAAGAAGGAACUGCCCUGCGUGGUACUGCAGAGGAAAAAUUCUUAGAACCCGAAAGCCUGUUGCCUUGAGCCUUCUAUGAGUGAUCAAGCUUGUCAUCUUCUAUCAGUUUCCAGAAAAGCGUCUUUGCCCCAGUCUUCCUGCGAAUAAUCCUUUCUUAUUCGGCUUAAUGUCUCCCCGCGUUUGGUGAAGAUGCACCUGAAGAGUCAAGGCCAUUAAGAAGCCCCAUCCGCCGCAGGAAAACCAAUGGCACAGUCAGUGAGCGAUGGCCACCUAUCCUGAGAGCUGCCUGGACGCUACCAUGCUAAACUUCGUCACAGAUCUCUCUUUGGCCUCUCCGAGACAUCCACUCCUCUGCGACUUCCCACCUGGGGUCCCUUUUGGGGACGGAACACUGGGGUUCAGAGAGAGAAGACCCAGGAGGCUGUUGCACUUUGAGGAAACAGACCAGGAGGAAGAGGGGGGCGAAGUGGUCUAUGUGGACCGGGAGGAGGAGGAAGAGGAGGGAGAGGAACGCGAGAGAGUAGCAUCCUUGCUGGGCCGCCCCAAAAGGAAAAGGGUCAUCACCUACGCUCAGCGCCAGGCAGCCAACAUUCGCGAGAGGAAGAGGAUGUUCAACCUAAACGAGGCUUUCGACCAGCUGCGCAGGAAAGUGCCCACCUUCGCUUACGAGAAGAGACUGUCUAGGAUUGAGACCCUCCGCUUGGCCAUUGUCUACAUUUCCUUCAUGACGGAGCUCCUGCAGAGCAGCGAGAAAAAGGAAGUCCGCUAAGCAUGGACGGGAGGGCCGAGGAGGACCACCACUGCCCUGCUCGCCCCUUUCUCAGAGGGGAGCAUUUGAAAGGCAGAGGGACCGCUGGUCUUCUGGGCCUGAGUUUGAGAUGGUAAAACCCGCACUCGUGGCGGAUCGCGCACUAAAGGGUUUCAUAGGGUUGCGCUGGGCAAGUUGGGGGUCCCCGCGGUCGAGGCACUAGGGUUUCUGCGUGGAGCGGGCGGCCUUUUCUGAGCUUCCCUAGAGAUUCCUCUUCCUUGCUCCUUUCAAAAGUAGAAAUAAUAAAAUAGAACUUAUUCUCACGCACGAUUCGUUGCUGCCCCAUCGCCAUCUCAAGUAGGGGCUUUGCUGUGGCCAGUUCGGGUGAGUUCACCUAAAGCCCAGACAGAGUGAGCAGCCCCCUGCUACUUUCUCUGGCUACUGAAAGGUUUGCUGGGGCUUGGCCCCCUCAGACUAUUUAGGGGGAGUGAGUGGGCAAAGAGGAUGAGCGUAAAGUAGGGGAUAAGGUCACCAGACCAACUCACAAAAUGCAACCUCUGAAAAGGAUCGCUCUCCCUCCCUCAUCGUGCCCCCCCAACCCCGGGUGCUGUAACCCCAAUCUCCCUGUCAGGCCAAUCCCUUCUUGUCACGAGGCAGACUGCCUCAGAGUUAAACGCAGCCUAUUCAGUGAA